CAGGGAGCCCAUAGUAUAAAUAGCCCAAGCAAAGCCAGCCUCCCUGGACCCUCCAAGCAGUCGCUAUGGAGGGAUCUAUUUGCUACCUGGCAGCUGUCCUGCUAUUCUGCUUCCCUGCAGUUGUUCACAGCCAGCUCUAUUCCCUGAUCAUACCCAAUGUUUUGCGGGUAGAGAGUGAAGAGAAGGUGGUGGUGGAAGCCAAUGGUCUUAGUGCUGUCACUGAGGUCACCAUCACCGUCCAUGACUUCCCCUUCAAGCGACAAGUCUUAUACCUGAUCAAGGCAAACCUAAACCCUGACGAAGGGAUGCUAACCACCGCCACGAUAAAGAUUUCCUCUAAUCAAGUCAAGAAAGAUUCCAGGGACAACCAGUACGUCCUCAUCCAGGCCAAGAUCAAAGAUGUUACUCUGGAAAAGGUGGUUCUGUUGUCCUUCCACAGUGGCUACAUCUUCGUCCAGACAGAUAAAACCAUCUACACACCUGGGUCAACAGUUCUCUGCCGGAUUUUUGCCAUGGGUCACAAAAUGGAGCCAUUAUUCAAGACUGUGAUUGUGGAGUUUGAGACCCCUGAGGGUAUCAUUGUCAAGCAGUCUCCUGUCUUCUCACCCAUGAAAACUGGCAUCUACUCCCUUAACUACAACUUGCCUGAGAUUGUCAAUUUGGGAACAUGGAAGGUGGUGGCCAAGUUUCAAGACUCCCCACUACAGAAUUUCAGCACACAAUUUGAGGUCAAAGAAUAUGUGCUGCCCAGUUUUGAAGUCAUCCUGGAGCCAAGCGAGAAAUUUCUGUACAUAGAUGACGACAAAGACUUCAGGGUUUCUAUCACUGCCAGAUACCUGUAUGGAAAAAAACUUGAGGGCACUGCCUUUGUUCUCUUUGGGGUGAAGAUGGAAAAUGAGAAGAGAAGCAUCCCACAGUCUCUCAAGAGAAUCCAAAUCCAAGAUGGGGAUGGCGAAGCCGUGCUGACCAGAGGAAUGCUCCAGGCCCGGUUUCCAAACCUCCAGGAGCUUGUUGGCCACACGCUCUACAUCUCUGUGACGGUCUUGACGGAAUCUGGCAGUGACAUGGUAGAAGCAGAGAGAACUGGAAUUCACAUUGUGACCUCCCCCUAUCAAAUCCACUUCACCAAAACCCCCAAGUACUUCAAGCCGGGGAUGCCCUUCGAACUCAUGGUCUAUGUUACAAACCCUGAUGGCUCCCCAGCGCCCCGUGUUCCUGUGAAGGCCGAUAAUUUCCAGGGGACAGUGUCAACCCAGGGCAAUGGAAUGGCCAAGCUGAUUUUGAACAUGCCUGGGGAUAAGGAACGAGUCAAAGUCACUGUAAGAACAGUCCAUGAAAAUCUCAAGCCAGAGAAUCGUCAGGCCUCCCAGUCCAUGGUAGCAGAAGCCUACAAGACCCAAGGAGGGACCAAAAAUUACCUCCACCUGGCAGUCACGGCAUCCGAGCUCAAAUCAGGUGACAACUUGCCAGUGAAUUUCCACCUGAAGACUGAUAAUAUAAACAUCCUGAAUGGCCUCAAACAUUUCUCCUACCUGAUCUUGAACAAAGGAAAAAUAGUCCAGGCUGGAAGACAACUGAGGCAGGCAGGACAGAACCUGGUGAGCAUGCCCCUGCCCAUCACGCCAGACCUCGUUCCUUCCUUUCGUAUCGUGGCCUACUAUCAGGUUGGCAGUUCAGAGAUGGUGGCCGACUCAGUCUGGGUGGAUGUCAAGGACACCUGCAUGGGGACGUUGGUGGUAAAAGGAGCCACAGAGGCAGACAACAGAAUCCAUGAGCCAGGAACGCCAAUGAAGAUCAAGGUGGAAGGAGACUACAAAGCUCAUGUUGGGCUGGUGGCUGUGGACAAAGGUGUCUAUGUCCUGAACAAGAAAUUCAAGUUCACACAGUCUAAGAUCUGGGACACUGUGGAAAAGAGCGACAUUGGCUGCACAGCUGGUGGUGGUAGGGACAAUCUGGGUGUCUUUGCAGAUGCUGGCCUGGCUCUACAGACUAACACAAUCUCAACGCCCCAGAGAACAGAGUUUGAUUGUCCCCAGCCAGCCAGUCGUAAGCGUCGCUCCGUUCAGCUCAUUGAACAUAAGGCCAGCAAAGUGGCAAAUUACCAUGACCAGAAGCUGAAGAAGUGCUGUGAAGAUGGGAUGUACGAGAAUCCCAUGGGCCACAGCUGUGACAAGCGGGCAGUGUACAUCCAGGACACCAAGGAGUGUGUGGCUGCCUUCCUUGACUGCUGCAAAUACAUCAAGACCAUCCGAGAUGAGAAGCAAAGGGAACUCGUCCUGGAACUGGCAAGAAGUGAGGUUGAUGAAGGGUUCUUGUCAGAUGAUGAUAUUACCUCGAGGAGCCUGUUCCCAGAGAGCUGGUUAUGGCAAGUGGAGCAGCUGACAGAACAACCAAACAACAUGGGAAUUUCUACCAAGACAAUACCUGUUUUCCUGAAGGACUCUAUCACAACCUGGGAGGUCCUGGCUGUGAGCCUCUCUGAAAACAAAGGAAUCUGUGUGGCCAACCCCUAUGAGAUCACAGUGAUGAAGGACUUCUUCAUUGACCUUCGCUUGCCCUACUCUGUGGUGAGGAAUGAGCAGGUGGAGAUCCGGGCAAUUCUCUACAAUUACUGGGAUAAGAAUAUCAAGGUCCGAGUAGAAUUGAUACACAACCCGGCUUUCUGCAGCGCAUCGACUUCCAAGCAGAGGUACCGCCAGAUAUAUGAUCUCCCACGCUUGUCCUCCCUGGCAGUGCCAUUAGUCAUUGUCCCCUUGGAGCUGGGGCUCCAUGAUGUCGAGGUCAAAGCUGCUGUGUGGGGCCAAUUCGUGGCUGAUGGUGUAAAGAAGAAGCUGAAAGUCGUGCCUGAAGGGAUGAGGAUGACAAAAACGGUCAAGUCCGUCACCCUGGAGCCCUCUGUGAAGGGGCUGGGUGGAGUCCAAGUUGAGCAAGUGACAGCUGCAGAUAUAGAGGACAUUGUUCCUAACACAGAGUCGGAGACCAGAGUCAGCGUUCAAGGAAACCCAGUGACCACAAUUAUAGAAAAAUCCAUUGAUGGAGCCAACGUUAAACAUCUCAUUGUGACGCCUUCAGGCUGUGGGGAGCAGAACAUGAUUGGCAUGACACCGACAGUCAUUGCCACCCACUACCUGGACAGCACCAAUCAGUGGGACAAGGUCGGGGUGGACCGGAGGAAUGAAGCCAUCAGGCUGAUUAACCAAGGUUACACACAACAACUGGUUUACAAAAAAGGUGACUUCUCCUAUUCUGCCUUCCAGAACAGGGAGUCAAGCACGUGGCUGACAGCAUACGUAGCCAAGGUCUUUGCCAUGGCUACCUCGUUGGUGGGCAUUGAACAUCAAGUCCUCUGUGGAGCUGUGAAAUGGCUGAUCCUGGAGAAACAGAAACCAGAUGGGGUUUUCCAAGAAGAUGGCCCUGUGAUCCAUGGAGAGAUGGUGGGAGGAUACAAAGGUGCUGAACCAGAAGUGUCCUUAACAGCUUUCGUCCUUAUUGCCUUGCAUGAAUCCAAGGACAUUUGCAAGGAUCAUAUCAACAGUUUGGAAGGAAGCAUCAACAAAGCUGCUGAAUUCUUAUCUAAAAAAUACAUGUUUCUGAAGAGGCCUUACACUAUCGCGCUCACAUCCUAUGCCUUGGCUUUGGUGGAGAAAUUGAACAGUGAAAAAGUGCUCAUGAAAUGUGCAAAAGGGGCAAAUCACUGGGAAGAGAAAGGUGCUCGCACCUUCAACAUUGAGGGCACCUCCUAUGGUUUGUUGGCUUUGUUGAAAAUGAAGAAGUUUGAGCUGACGGGUCCCAUUGUCAGAUGGCUGACAGAGCAGAAGUACUACGGAGGUGGAUAUGGGUCUACCCAAGCCACUAUCCUGGUGUUCCAGGCUCUAUCCCAAUACCAAAUGGACAUCCCGCAACAAAGUGAACUGCAACUGGAUGUGUCUAUCCUCCUGCCACGGCGUGCUACCCCAGUAAAAAUCCGAAUUGAGAAUAGUAAUGCUUUCCUGUCCAGAUCGGCAGAGACCAAAUGGAAUGAAAACUUCACUGUGAGAGCAGAAGGAACUGGGCAAGGGACCCUUACAGUUGUGACUGUUUAUAACGCAAAGAUAAAAGAGGAUGAAUCCAAAUGCAAGAAAUUUUACCUGAGCGUAUCGGUGGAAAAUAUCCCACGGCCAAAGAAUAAAGAAGGAAUCCUGCGCUCAGUCAAGAUUAAUAUCUGCACUAGAUUCCUUGGUGAGGUUGAUGCCACCAUGUCCAUCAUCGAUGUCUCCAUGCUCACAGGCUUUUCACCUGACACAGAUGAUCUCAAGAGACUUUCCCAAGGCGUCGACAGAUAUAUCUCCAAGUUUGAAAUGGACAAAGCCCCAUCUGAAAGAGCGUCCCUCAUCAUCUAUCUGGACAAGGUCUCUCACACAGAGGAGGAAUGCCUGUCAUUCAAAGCUCACCAGUUCUUUGAAGUUGGGCUCAUACAGCCAGCAUCUGUGACUGUCUAUGACUACUACACUAUAGAUGACCGAUGCACCAAAUUCUACCACCCAUCCAAGCAGAGCGGCCUGCUCAGUAAGAUCUGUCAUGGGGAUGUUUGCCGCUGUGCAGAAGAAAACUGCUUCAUGCAGCACAAGAUGGACAGCCCAGUCACCCUGGACAAACGGAUUGAAGAUGCCUGUGAACCUGGAGUGGAUUAUGUGUAUAAGACCAGGCUUGUUGAAACUGAAGAAUCAAGCAGCUAUGACAACUACAUCAUGGAAAUUCUGACCAUCAUUAAGGCAGGGACUGAUGAGAAUCCAGUAGGCCAAAGGCGUAAGUUCAUCAGCCACGUAAAAUGCAGGGAAUCUUUGAACCUGGAACAAAACAAGGACUACUUGAUCUGGGGCCUGAGCAGUGACCUGUGGACCAUGAAAAAUGAGCUCUCCUAUAUCAUCAGCAAAGACACUUGGAUUGAGAAGUGGCCAAAUGAGGAGGAAUGCCAGGAGCCAGAUUUCCAGAAACUGUGCCAGGAAUUCCAGGAGUUCUCUGAAGCCAUGACCAUGUUCGGAUGCCCAACCUAAAUGUGAAACUGGCCCUUACAGCAGCCUUUAGGGGGCCCUCUGAGCUGGCCUGAUGUAUAACAUGCAAUGCCUUCUCUCAGAUGGUCCCGAUAUGGCUGACAAUCUGUCUUCCCUCCCUCCCACUCACCCCCCGCCUCAAUUUCCCACUUUUUUUCUUAUUGUUUACAUAUAUAAAAAGCUGAUUUCUUACUCAG